GCUCCGAGUCCUCGUCAGUCCCGAUGGGGACCCCGAAGUACCUUCACCGCUCCUGCCCUUGCCAGCCUCAAGCUUGCGAUCGAAGCUCCGAUGACGGCUGAGCAGGUUGAGGCCUAUGCUCUUCAUGUGCGCAUCCCCGAGAUCACCCAAAAGUUGGAGCUGGAUGAUAUUGUUCCUGCUGAUCCGAUACGCAGGUCAACAUCCCCGACACCGGAAUAUGACAUGUCCGGUCGACGAGUUAAUACGCGCUACCAGCGCUACCGGGGGAGCCUCCUAGCGGAGCGCCAGUCAUUAAUUAGCCAAGCAGUACAGGUUAUACCGAACUACCACCCCCUGCCGGCUUCCGAUAUACGACGACUCCUUCGAGAAUAACGGAGAAACUAUACAUCCCCGUCAAGGACUUCCCUGAAGUCAAUUUCAUCGGGCAGAUUCUCGGCCCCCGUGGUCGCAGUCUAAUGGAAACGGCUACAGCUUCCGGCGCGACGAUCGCGCUACGCGGCAAAGGCUCUGUCAAGGAGGGCCGUGGGAGAGCAAACAGCAAGCUCCGCGACAUGGACGACAUGAACGAGCCUCUCCACUGUCUCAUCACGGCAGACAGCCAGGCCAAAGUCGACAAUGCCAAAUCGCUACUGAAGGAGACCAUUGAAAUGGCGAUUACCACCCCCGAUCACGCUAACACCAGGAAGCAGGAACAGCUUCGCGCUCUCGCCAAGGUCAAUGGCACUUUUCGAGAUGACGAAGGCUUACACGCAGGUACCUCUAGUAUUCCGGUUGCCUGUCGAGUCUGCGGUGGUAAUGGCCAUAUCGCACGCGACGGUGUGAAAAGACAGGCUAGGUUGUUACACCGCGGCAGUACUGUGAGGUUCAAGACGCCUCCAUGGAGGAAGGCGAGGCAGCAUGGAACUCAGCCUGGAGCUCACGGAAAUAUCAACCUAGUUGACGCCAUGUACUCCAGCUUCCUGUCCGAAGUAAUUAUACCCUCGACAGUGAACAGCUUUCCUAGUUAGUUGUUAGUUUAUAAUAGUAUAGUUCUAUCAGUAAGAACUCGGAAAAGUGGAAAAAUGAAAAGUCGACUUGAACGCAGGAGGAAACGGAGAUCGGCGGCCUGUGAAGCCUUGUUGCGUUGUCGUCAAUCUCUCGCAACAGCGACCCGU